AUGGCCCCCUAUCAUGCCUUCCCCAAAGCCAUGCAUGCGCAAGAAGUGACACUAGCAGUCGACGUUGAGCAUUCUGAAACAGACCUUGACUUACACCAAGAUGGUGUCCAGAUAGAUCUGGUUGGGUAUAUCUCAGGCCUUUCUGAGGGUCGCAUCCCGCUCAGUAAUAAUUACAGGAAGUUAUCCACCAAGUUCGCCAUGCUUCUUUUGGUCUUCAACAUCGCCGCUUUAAGUUCAAAUCCCCAGUGGAAAUUGAGGGGAAUGGCCUCAAAAAGAAGCUUGACUCAGGUUAUCGUCUCUGUUCGCCGCCUUUUGCACAACCAGACUCAAAUUCCACCCAUAGUACUGUACAUCAAAGUCCCUCCACCUCGACGUCUCUAA